CUCGUUCCUCGUUUGUCAUUUGCUCCUAAUCCAGACAAUCUUGUUUCUUGUUUUAGCUGCAAAACUAUGCUCGGAAAUUUUGUUUUUAUUUCUUAAUCUCCAAUCAUUCGCAUUCGUUAACUUAACUUAACGCCUACGGUGUGCGAUAUAAAUAGUGAAAGAAGCGAGAGCGAGCGUUGGAAAUAUAUUUUAAAGUUUUAAAAUUUAAAAUUGGGACGCGAAUAUUUAUUCCACUUGGCGUCUUUUGAGUUCAUUCAUCUGUUUGUUAAUGAGUGCUGUUAAUUGUGUUUUUUAAUAAGUGCCUUUAAAAGUGUAUUUUUAAUAACUUAUUUCAAGUCUUCCUUGAUUGGCAUUAUUAACUAAUUAAAAUGGGAGAAUCGUUGAGUAAAGCAACAAAGCCGGAAGAGUUGGUCGUUUUCAAAAAACUACCGGCCGACAUUCCGUUGGACAACAUCGAAAUACCGGAAAAGCCGGAAAAUCGAUCUCGCACCGACAGGAAAUUUCUUAUUAUCUUCGGAGUAGUCAUUCUUCUACUGUUACCAUUUCUGAUCCAUUCAAUGAUUAUGGGCGAUUUGGCGCGAUGGCGGGGCUACGAUCAGUGCGGCAACGUUUGCGGUCAGAAUAACGAUAAAUAUAACGCUUGGUCUUGUACUGGUCAGGAUUACACCAACAAACCGUACCUGCAAGUUUACGGGAGCGCCGACAAUCUCCUAUUAGCUCGAAGGGAAUGCGUAUACAGCUGCUACGAAAACUACAUAAAGAUAUUUUCCACUUGCUACGCUCGCGAGAGCUUCAGCGACGACGAUUCGACUGCGAUGCAGGAGAAAUCGAAGGACUUGGACGACGCCGAUCUGUCGUCGUAUUUAAACAAGCACGCUUGGAGGAUCGUAUUGGCUUGUUUCGUUUCUUUGGGUAAAUUCCACGGUUGCUUGGUUAUUUUUUCUGAUGAAAAAUUAACGAGUUCAUUUGUAGGUGUGGGUAUCGGUAUGGUGCUGCUGUUCAAAAACGCCACGGCGGCUGUGGUUUGGGGUAUCUUAGGUGGAGUUUUGCUGUUUGGACUUAUUGUUGUUGGUGUUAUUUGGUACAUGUACUUCAACAUAGAAAAAAUCAUACCGAAUUCCGAAGCGGAUUCGAGCCAAAUGGGCGUCCUCGUCAUGGCAAUCGGCUUCACCGUCAUCUGGCUGGUACUCUUGUGCGUCACCAUUUUCAUGUACAAGAAAGUCCAAUUGGUCAUACAAUUGUUCAAAGAGGCCAUCAAGGCCUCCUUCGCCAUGCCCCUGUUGAUUUUCGUUCCCCUAAUCACGUUCUUCUGCGAGCUGAUCGUAUUGGUCUUGCUCGGUUUCACCAGCGCCUACAUUCUCACGUCGGGCGUUCUAACGCAAAUAACGUACGAUUAUCUCUACUACGCUAGCAACAACGUGAUGAACUUUACGUUCUUCUUCAAUUUGAUCGUGGCCUUCUGGAUAACGCAAUUCAUCAUCGGUAUCCAGUACAUGGUGAUAGCGGGCGCCGUCGCCAAAUGGUAUUGGUCAAAAAAUAAGCAGGAUUUGGGCAAGCCUAUCUCGACCAGCGCUCGAGUGGUGUUCAAAUUCCAUUUGGGCAGCAUCGCCUUCGGUUCUAUGGUGAUCACCGUGGUGGCCAUCAUCAGGGCGUUGCUGAGUUCGUUGGCCAAAAACAACAAUCUGAAGGCUUGCGUGGAUUUAUGCAUGGGCUCCAUCGAGUCGUUCGUCAAGUUCCUGUCGAAGAACUCCUACAUUCUCACCGCCAUGCACGGUAAACCUUUUUUCAAAUCGGGUAAAAGGGCGGCGAAAAUCAUCUUCCACAAUGCUGUAAACAUUGCUUCGGUUAAUUACGUCGGAGAUUUCGUACUGGGAAUGGCCCAAUUGCUCAUCGUGCUGAUUUCGAUGUUGAUUACUGUCGGGAUUAUGCAGGGUGCCGAUUCGGAGUACUCAUGGAUGGUAUACCUCAUAGUUUUCUUCGUAUCAUUGUUUAUCGCCGUAACGUUUUUCGCUACGUUCGAAACUACAGUCGAUACAUUGUUUAUGUGUUUCUGCGAAGACAGUCUACUUAAUGACGGGAUGAGCCGCCCGUACGCGAUGUCUCGAGAUCUGAUGGAGUUCGUCGAGAACUCUAAGAAACUCUACGGGGAGAAGAAGGAUUAAAAAUCGAUUAAUAAUUUCGUUUGGGGCAAAACUGCAAUAGUGGUGAAUUUGAUUUAUCGGUUCGUUUUUUUGUUGGUAAAAGUAUACAUUUUGAGCCCAACCAAUUUACCACCAUGAAGUUUGAAACCAAAAGGAAAUGUCGAAAUUCACAAACCACCUUUUAUUACAACGUUUUUAAUACUCACUUUAAGUCCAUCUAUGCACUAUUAAAGAAUGUACAGUUCCUCACGACUCACCCUGUAUAUUCUACGUCUACUUGCAACAAUCGGACGACCAUUUUCUCCAUUAAACCUUUUGACCUUUGUUAUAACCAUAUACAGGUAAAUGCAAAAUUAUUUACAAAAUACGGGUGUUAUAAAGAUAGCUUCCAUUUGUCUCACAUAAAGCAAGAAGAAAAAUUAAUAUUAAGUAAAUGCAACUUUUCACUCUCCCUGUUAUUUUAAUACUCUGUCUUUGUUCAGCUAAUAGAUUUGACCAUAUGUGUUCUUCCGAAUUGACCUUUGUGGUCUUUAACGUACUUAAUAAGGUCAUAUUGAAAUGGUAAACGUUUUGUAGGUAAGACUUUUAUAUAUUUUAUAUAUUUACAUGUAUAUUUUUAAUAAAUGUUUAAAAAUUAAAUGUACGAAAUCCAGCUUUACAAAAAUAGCAUUGUUCGAUUUUUGAAUGUUUUCUCUCAGGUAAUUAAAGCUUUAUAACGUAUUGGUAAGUUCAUUCGUUUCAUUCACCAAUAGUUUAAUUUAUAGGAAAGAAGAUUUUAAUUAAUAAAAAAGAAAUGUAAACUCG